GGAAGAAGGUCUGUCCCUUCGGGGACAUCCGAUAAAAUUGGAACGAUACAGAGAAGAUUAGCAUGGCCCCUGCGCAAGGAUGACACGCACAAAUCGAGAAAUGGUCCAAAUUUUUUUCCUCUUUGUCCCCGUCGAUUCACGAACUAGGUUAUUUUUUUUCCCUCUUUGUCCCCAUCGAUCCACGAACUAGGUUCCUUCUUGCUUUUCGUUUGCGAGUGGGAUCGCUGUGUCGAUUCGAUUGGAGUUCACCCUCUGUGCUAUUUGAUCGUUAAGGAGGCGUCGGGAAAGCUUUUCAGUUUUUUUUUGUUUGUGAUUUUUUAUGUAGGUUGACCAAUUGCCUUUUGUUUGUGAUGGAGGGGGAUAAUAAUGAAUAUUGCUACUCAAAUUUGCUUAGCGAUGAUCAGAAUAUUCAAGACAAGUAUGCGAAUGUGGCAACCACUCCAUGUCAACCUAAGUCAUCCCAAGUUAGCACUCGAAGAAAUAUACGAACAAAAAAUUUCUCAAUGCAAGAGGAUUUGAUGCUCGUGUCAGCAUGGUUAAAUAUUAGUAUGGAUGCUAUAUACGGUAAUGAUCAAACGAAACAAAGGUAUUGGGAAAGGGUUCAUGCCUAUUUCCAUCAAUAUAAAGAUUUUGAAUCUGAUCGAAGUCCUAACUCGUUGAUGCAUCGUUGGUCUACAAUCCAACUUGCUGUUAGCAAAUUUCAAGUAUAUUAUAGCCAAAUAGAUGGCAGAAAUCAAAGUGAAACAACAGAACUAGAUAAGAUUUCUCAAGCAAUGGAGAUGUACAGGAGCCUACAAAAGUCUACUUUCACAUUUCUGCAUUGUUGGCAUGAGUUGCGACAUGCACCGAAAUUUUGCUCAACUUCGUCGAAGAAAAAAUCAAAAAUUUCUCAAAAUGAAAGUCCAGCAACAUCAUCACCAUCUACACCUGAUUCGGUGAACUUGCUUGAUAUUGAUGUUCGAAGCAAUGAACCUUCAUUGGAACGACCAAUAGGAGAUGCUGCAAAAGAAUGUGGAAGAAAAGAUAAAUCCAAGGUAAUAGAAGCUUCUGAUGAGGAGAUAAAAAACAUGUUGACAGAAAUGACUGAAAAGAGAAUGCAGUCCAAAAUGAUAUUAAUUGAACAAGCGAAUGAGAUGUUAAGGUUGAAAAGAGAGAAGGUAGAACUAGCUAGGGAGAAGAUAGAAUUAGAAAGAAGAAAGGAAGAGCGAGAACAAAUGAUUUAUGAAGAAAGAAUUAUUGGUAUUGAUAUUAGUGAGAUGGAUGAACUUCAAGCUGAAUAUUACAAAUCUCUCAAGCUCGAAAUUAUUCAGAAAAGACGAAAUACAAGGUUUCCAGAUUUGUAAAUGGAUGAUGGGUUUUCUUUUUUUUCCUGAAUGUAUUAAUGUAUGAGAGUUAGGAUUAAGUGAACUUGAUAUUUAUGUUCGCUUGAUUUUGUUUUAAUC